AAUUUGAAUUACUGCAAUACCAAUGCGUUGCUAAAAUUUUACAUUUUCGUGGGGAAAAAAGUACUGACCGGAGCUUGUAACCAACAAAUAUACGAGAAACAACACCACGGCGGCACGGCCGGCAGAUUACCGAUAACGCCAGUGUUUAUAAUACUUUAGUUACAUUGAGAUUGAGAUACUGUCGACAUACUUCAUAUUUCAUUUACAAACUCCUCAAUUUUAAGUAAUGCAAAGGCUAUUAUCAAAAAACAAUGAAUUAUUGUUCAAUAAAUUAGUAAAUCGUGUAACCUACUUAUAACCCAAUCAUUUCAUGGCUGUCAGACAAGAACAUGAAACCUUAUUCAGUAAAAUACCUAUGACCUAUUUCACAAAAUGAGUUUAUUAGCCUUUUGACUGAAGACGUAAGGAAUCGCAUCGUAAAAGAUAUCGUUUCAUCUGAAAUAUACUUAGUCAUGGCCGUCACGUCUCCUGACACUUCAAAUACGGACCGCCUCGUAGUGGCAGUGCGCUACGUUGACGAAAACAACGUGCCAAACGAGAGAAUACUGGAGAUGAAAGAAACAAGGAAUAAGACAGGUGAAGGCCAAGCAAAAGAGAUUCUUGAUUCCCUUAAAUCACGAUUACCUAUUUGUCACGAUGGGUUAGUGUAUCAGUCUUACGACUACACAGCUUCAAUGUCUGGGACUUUUAAUGGAGUUGAACAACAUUUGCAGGAAAUAGUUGGACGCAACAUUCCAUACAUCCCUUGUCAAGGCCAUAGAUCAAACACUUUCAAUGAGCAUUGCUCAAAGGCCUCUACAUUUGUUGAGAUGUAUAGCUUGCUCGAAGAGCUGUAUGUUUUUUUCAGCAGAAGUUGUAAACGAGAUUCUAUGUUGCAAGAACAUAUGGAAAAAAUUGAAAAUGCUCUUAAAUUGCGCAAUCUCUCAAAGACGAGAUGGGUGUAUAGAAGUGAAUCAAUUGAAGCGCUAUGGAGAUUAUUUGAAGCCAUACGAAAUGCCUUAGCGGACAUAGCAAAAAUUGACAACAACUCAUUAACCAGAACCAAAGCAACCUCGCUCUGUAAGAAAAUGGUCAAAUUUGAGUUUGUUUUUGCAGUUGUUUAUGAGUUUUAUCAUGAGAAAGACCAAGAUCCUGACAGUACAGAUGCAGAAGCCAGAGCUCAAUAUCUAUGAUGGUCUUCAACUGAUUGAUGAAACUGUUAGAUCACUGG